UGCCAUUCUCACAAAACUGACUUUUGAAAAUCACUUGAGAUUCGCGUAAACAGAAACUCCGAGAAAAACAACAGCUGGAAAUUAAUUCAAAAAUCUGGACUAUUAAAUAUCGAGAAAAUGCCGAAGCCCGGUGACAAGGCGAAGGUGAAGGUGAACGUGAAGGAGCGGGUGGUGGACGAAUCCUGCGACUUGAGCCUCUCUGAAUUGAGCGAAAUACCGGUGCGGGAAAUUGCUUCGUUCAAACGCGUCACUGUUUUGGAUCUCUCCAGCAAUCGCCUGGUCAACCUGGGAAAAAACUUUUCGAUUCUCACACGUUUGGUGCGACUGGAUCUGAGCAAGAAUCAAAUAACCUUCCUGCCCGAGGACUUUGGCCAGCUGGAGCAGCUGCGCCACUUGGACCUGUACAACAACUGCUUGGAGCACUUGCCCAUUAGCUUCGGUCAGUUGCGUCGUUUGCGCUACUUGGAUCUGAAGGGGAAUCCUCUGACGCCCGCCUGGGAGAAGAUUGUGGGUUGCUGCUCUACGCAAAGGGACUGCCAGCAGGCGGCUAAGAAUACUGUCAACAUCUGCGCCAACUACAAGCCGGAAUUCAUUGAACGCGAACGUUUGGCCGCCCAGGAGACGCAGAAAAUGGCCGGAGGUGGGGAUUCCAAUGCCAACUCCACCCAAACGAAUGGCGGCGGUGGAAAGAAGUCCACUAAACCCAAUAACAAGAAAGCGAAAGCCAAAAAGCUCGCCGGAGCGGGUGACAAUGAACUGACAAUCAAACCAGUGAAUGCAGGAGGAUCUUCAGAAACGGGAAGUGGAUCGGGAGCAAAGUCGAAUCAAAAGAAUAAUCAAAAGAAAAAGAACUCCAAUGGCGGGUCCUGGCUGAAUAUGCUCUCAAGGGCCGCACUGUCCUCACUUGUGACUUUUCUCGUGCUCUUCAUCAUUAACGUUUUACUCAUCUAUAUGAUCAUGUUUAAGAACCCGGACAUUGCAGACAAGCUAGUGGAGUAUAUACCCCACCAGUAUCGUGAUUGGAUACUGACCAAGACAGAGAUCUUCAGACUGCGUGUCACCGACUGGAUCUCGGAAUUCCGAACACCGCCAGAGGAACACUGACGGUUUAUUUAUUUGAAGCCUUAGGGCGCUGGGCUUCAAAUAGAAGGAAUCGCUAAACAAAAUUCGGAUGCAUAGCGCGUGUGUGGAAGCAAAAAUUAAAUUGGGAUACGUGUAGACCACCUGAACGAGUUAUACGACUGCUACUUUGAUAUACCAUUAUCUGUAAUUUACUGCCAUUUAUUUUGAUAGACACUAAGUCACUACGUCCAUUGACAGGAGAUUUGAACAGGAAAACCACACGCACUCCGCAACUGAAGAGGCCACUUAAAAGACACCAAACUACACUCAAUCACUCAACUCAAUUGAACUCAGAUGAAUCUACAGCUAACCUAACCAUAGCUCAAGCUCAACUCAAUAGUAACUGAAUGGCGGUUCCAAACUGGCCAAUGCAUAGAAACUACAGACACAGUCAGACCAGACACCCUCGUACUAUCCACAUCUAUCAGAUCGGAUCGAAUCAGCAACACACAAAUAAUAUACUUUAAUCUAUAGUAAGAAUUUCCUGUGCAAUUCAAAUUUCAUUUAAAACCCAAGCUCAAAUUGUAUUCAUGUUUGCCCGACCAUUUUACAUUUGUAGAUUUCAAAUCUCAUAGGUUUUAUUGUAAACGCAAAGAAAAUGAUUACCAUUAUUGGUUGAAUUUGCAAGAAAUCAAAACGAAAUUAAAGCGGUUUCAUAUGAUUUAUGCAAAAUCAAGAUAAUUGUAUUGUAACAAAGAAUUUGCAACAUUUUUGGAAUAAAACUUUACAUUUUAACAAA